AUGGAGCCGCGGGUCAGAGUCGGACCACAGGCAGCAGAACGGAGCACUGGAGUCAACACGGACCGAGUCAAGCUGAACUGUUCCGCUUUCCAUAGGUCCUGCAGUUUCCCUCCCGGGCCGCCGGGCGGCGCUGCCGGGCCCGCAGCCCCGAGCCGGGUUCAGGAUGGAGGAGUGAAGGCUGACCGCGGACUGGUUCCCGGUGGACGGUGCUGUCAGCGGCCUCAGCUGUUUCUCGGAGCGGAGCUGCGGGUCUUUCUGAGCGAUGAGGAGUGGUGUGCUGUUGCCUCGAGGUGGUCUGGCUCCUGGACUAUGUUGUGUCUGUCCACUGGGUGGCGCCUCCUGAGCCGAGCCCGCCGCCUCCCUCCUCGCCCCGCUGCUCCAUCAGCCGCCAUGUACGCCACCCGCCUCUACAGCCCUGCGGGGGGAGGAGGGGGAGGAGGUGGGGUGAAGUCGGGGAGAAGGGCAGGACUGGCAGUGCUGGAGGCCCCUCACCCUCCCCACACCCACCUGCCCCACCACCCACACCCAGCGCCGCCGCCUCCCCCCGCCUACCCGCUGUACCAGGGCCGCCCCGACGCCCACAGAGGAGCUCAUUUCCACCACCACCACUACCACCUGGCCCCGCCACCACUCCCCCCGCACUACCAGCACCACCACGCCAUCCACACGUACGGAGGAGGAGCCCCGGUGUGCGGGGCCGGCGCCGGCAAGAAGAAGACAUGGAACUUCAUCCACGAGAAGAUGAGCUAUGACACGUUCUUCACCAUGAAGCGUCUGAUCGAGCGGUCGCGGAGGCCCGACGAGGUGCUGCGCUGGGUCACUCAGAACCCCGCUAAGAUCUCCCACAACCACUACCCGGUUGCCCUGCAGAAGAUCGGGCAGCUGCUCCAGGCCACGCCCCCCCCACGGAGCAGCGGGGACGGCACCGACGGCGAGGCCUCCGCGGCCGGAGCUGCGGAGGGAGACGGCCGUCAGAUCCUGGAGCACCAGGACUUCCAGACGCUCUGCAACGCCAUCGUCAAUGACUGCGCCAAGUUCGACAACUUCAGCAUUGUGAACUGCUUGUACGCUGUGGCGGCGCUCGGUCUCCCUAGCACCUCUCAGGUGGUCCAGGUGCUGGAGGCCGAGUCCCAAUCCAGACUGAACCAGUUCAACCAGAAGGACGUGUCCAUGGUGUUCAGCUCCAGCAUGAAGCUCCACCCGGGCAGCCAGCACCCGCUGACGGAGGCCUGCCUGGCCGGGCUGGAGAAGAACCUGGAGCGGGAGCGCCACCCGCAGACGCUCUUCCUGCUGCUGUCCUACUACAGACUGAAGUGGUGCUCGCUGCAAUCCACAAAGUCCCCAGCAGGGGGCGCCAGCAGCAACACCAGCACGCCCCCCAACCCCGAACAGCUGCUGGCCAACAGGAAAAUCCUCCGGCUCGUCAAACACACUCUGGCCAGUGUGAGCGGCGUCCGUGACCAGGAGAUGGCCCUGCUGGAUGAGAUGCUGGCGGCGUGUGCACGUGAGGCGAGCAACAAGAGUCUGGAGCUGAUCUUCAGCUCUCACCUGUUCUACCAGAACCGACAAGAGAAGUUCAUCAGCAGCCUGGCAGAGGAGCUGUCCAAGAAGGUGGACAGCAUCACUCCCUACACGAUGGCUCUGAUCGCCAAGUACAUCGCUCGCCAUCGGCUGAGAGAGACGCGACUGCUCGACACCAUUGCAGACUUCCUGGUGAAGAAGGCCGAGUACCUGGACAGUAAGGUGAUCCAGAAGCUGGUGUUCCCGUUCAGCAGAAUGAGCUACCGUCCGUCCAACGAGCAGCAGUUCUUCUCCCGGCUGGAGGAGGUGGUGGAGCUGAAGGCGCUGAGCUCACCGCUUGCCACCGUCAACAUCCUCAUGUCUCUGUUCCAGCUGGGUCACUUCCCUGGUCUGGUUCUGCACCGGGUCUUCUCUUCUGCCUUCAUCAGCAACGUCACCAACAGCCCGUACGCUCUCAUCGUGCGGCGGUAUCUGUCCCUGCUGGACGCAGCCGUGGAGUUGGAGUACCAGGACUACAGCGGGCCCCGUCUGCAGGACGCCCACAAGGUGCUGAUGUUUGACCACGCCCUCACCGCGGACGAGGUCAACCGCAAGUACAGUUAUAAAGGCCUGGUGGCUGAGGCUCUUCGACAGCUGGUGGGAGAACACAACUACAAACAGGACGAAGUACUGGCCCCCGGGUACUACACAGACUUCCUCCUCUGGCUGGACGGUUCAGGUCGGGUUCUGCCCAUCAGAUCUGGACCGGGUCUUCCCCUGAACGUGGCUCCUCCCUCCUGCGUUUCCGUGGCGACGAAGGCCUCUGAUGGCGGAGUUUCUGCUGUGACAUCAGAGCUGCAGAAGUUCUCCCCGUUCUCCUCCCUGGAGGGCGGCGAGCCUCCGUGCCAGGUGAACGAAGGCCUGGGCGGAGCGAUGGAGCCCCGGCCCUUCCUCCCCCACCACCUGUGCAGCACGGCGGGGGCCGCGGCCCCCCCGGGGCCCCCCCGGCCGGGCCCCUACUACGUCCCUGCAGCAGAGUACUACACCCUGAACAAGGACCCGUCUCUGGAGAGCCAGGACAGCUCCACGCUCAGCAGCUCCCCCUCUGACGGUCUGGCCCCCCCGGGGCCCCAGGGCCCCCCUGGGGCCACCGCCGCCCCCGACCCGCUCUUCCAGUUCUCCAUCGGGAAGAUCCUGGAGGACGAGGGCGCCGUUGGAGCCACAGGAGUUCAGGAGACCGACUGUGAGCUGCCGGUGUUCUACGAAGGAGUGUCGUACGCCGAGGGGACGGACCGGGGAGGGUCCACCCCCCCCCAGCUCCAGACACCGGAACGACCAGAACCAGACUCCCUCCAGACGGACCAGUGCCAGGUCCACAGGGUCAUCCUGUCUGUCAAUGACAAGUGGCACUACUGCCACAACUCUGAGGUUCUGGUCGGGUCCAGGGCCAUGAGGGACCGUCACCUGAGGCUGCUGGGAUACAUCAUCCUGCAGCUGCCAUACCACGAGCUGGAGAAGCUGAACGGCAUCGAGGAGGUGAAGCAGUACCUACACAAGAAGCUGCUGGACGUCCCACUAUGACUGUGUUUGUGAGAGCAGUAAUUCCUGCCAGUCAGAGAUCAGGGGGAAGAGUGACCCGUGUUCACCAACAACCAAACUCUGUGUACAUUUCAGAGCGUUUUAGAAGCACAGUGUUCAGUUUAGCUGCAUUCUGCAGCGCUAACGGAGGAGAUGUCUGACAAAACUGCUGAUGGUUUCCUGACUGAUCAAUUGCAGAUCAGUGCCUCUGUGUGCAGCUGACGUGCUGCCGGACAUCAGGCAGGUCAGUUGAUUAAAGGACCAUUCUGCUGUUUUUACACCAACCAGACUCUGUUAAUUUUUCUGAGCAUUUAAGACAGAACGUGCGUGUUUGUGCUCGUUCUAUGGUCACCUGACUUCCUGAAGGAGUGUCUGGAGAUGUCGGUGGAUCGCCGCGUACGAAUGUUCCACCUGUGCUGCAGGUGGCGGCGGGAUCUGUCCUCGCUCCCUCACCUGUGCAGGUGACACUGCUUCACCAGACAUUAGAACAGCAGAGUGGUCCUGAAAUGUGAUGUGGUGUGUGGACGAUUUUGGAUGUGGGGGUGGGGGGAGGGCUCAUUUUAUAAAGUUUGGUAACUAUGGUAACAGUGGUGCAUGUGGGGCACUUUUUCUAAAACGUGUGCCAAAGGCAGGAAGGAGGUGUGGCUUCAGCCGUGGUUGUGGGUUAAAAUGUCAGAUUAUUUAUUUGUGUAAGAGGUGACAGACAUAAGUAUGUUUAUAUCCAGAGAUCUAUGAACUCGUGUAUAAAAUCUGAAACUACUUGAA